AUGAUUGAAUUGUGCCCCAAGAAACCUAUGCUGCUAGGAAUCAUCUUUCUAGGAGCGUUGACGCUUCUCGUAUUAGUAUUGGAGUCUUACUGGACUGAAAACAAUAGAACUGCAGCCAGAAAAAACAGGUUCAUUGUAGAGCAAAACUCGUCCUGCUUUGAAAAGGAGCCCUAUGUGGUACUGAAGGAGUGUGAACCCUGUUCAGCCUUUGAAUUGCGCAGCAAGAGUCUCGGUGUCUGCAUCCAUACUCAGUACAUAGAGAUAUUGAGGUGUGCAAAUGGGAAAACUGUAACUAGAAGUUGUGACAAAGCUGCAUUUUAUGAUGAACAGACUUUCUGGAUUUUUGAGGGCUUGAUGUUAGUUUUGAGCCUCAUUUCCACCUUAUGUGUAAAGGCUAGAAAGCGGGUGUUGAGUAAGAGAAUGAUACAGAGAGUGCAACGGCAAUUAGCUAACUGCGUAUAA